UCUUCCUGGAUGCUUUAAACUGUCAAACGAAACAAUAGUGAAGAUAGGCUGAACAAACAUCUGCUGCCACAACCCUGAAUAAAGUUAUGCAUUUUGACGGCAGAAAGAAAGCCCAGUGAGAGGUGACGGAGGUCAUGGAGGACUUCAGGAGGUCGUACCAGAGGCUGUGUAAGGAGGGAGGAAUCGACACUCAGGAGUCAGUGCUGGCUCAGCUGCACGACACGAGGACGGUGACGGGCGUCUGUCGACUGGACCUGAGCGGGCAAAGCAUCAGCGUGGACACCUGCGGCGUGCUGGGAAGAGCACUGCAGAACGACACGCUCUUCACCGAGAUCAUCCUCAGCGACUGCAUGCUCAGCGAGGAAGGUGCCAAGCUGCUUCUCAAUGGGCUUUGCUCCAACACCACAGUGAAAGUUUUGGACCUGAAGGGCAACAACAUGAGAGGAACAGGAGCUGAGGCUUUGGGCCAGUUAUUAGUGAGGAACAAGACGCUGCGCAGACUUGUGCUGGAGUGGAAUGCUCUGGGAAUGUGGGAGGAAGGAUUUUCCAUGUUUUGUGAAGGUCUGGCGUCCAGCACCUCUCUCACCCAGCUCGACCUGCGCAACAAUCAGAUGAACCACCAGGGGGCCGCGGCGCUGUGUGUGGCGCUCAAGAGGAACAGCACUCUGCAAGAGCUGGACGUCAGAUGGAACAACUUGGGGCUGCUGGGAGGCCGAUCUCUGCUGGAGGCAAUGCAGCAGAACCGCACACUGGUCAAACUGGAGAUGGCUGGAAACAACAUUCCCAGUGACACGCUCAGAGCCAUCGAACAGUCCAUGAAUCACAACGCAGACAGGCAGUCCACACUUCGAGACAGCCGGAGCAGGACUCAAGUGCUCACCAAAGAGAUCCAGCUCCUAAAGGAGGAGAAGGGCCGGCAGUUUCUUAGUCUCAUGGAUACCAUUGACAGACAGAAAGAUGAGAUGGGAAGAAGCAGCAGAAAUUCAUCGAUGCGUCUAGAGCAGUUAAAAGAAGCACUGAGUGAGCAGAAAUCAUCUGUGAAUUCUCUCACAGCCAAACUGCAGAUGACGGAGGCUGCUCUUGCUCUGUCGGAGCAGAAGACUCAUGACCUGGGUGAGCUGCUGACUCGAGUUCAAAUGGAGAAAACCGAGCUCAGAGACAGACAGUCCAGAGAGAUCAAGAAAGAGCAGGAGGAUAGCUCUCUGAGGGAAGCCAAGCUUUUGAAGGAGGUGAACAGUGUGUCAGAGAAGAACCUCCAGCUUCGGAACAAGCUGGAGGAGAGCGAACGCAGAUGUAAAACGCAACAGGAUCAGAUCUUCGAGCUGAAGCAGGAACUCACAAACACCACGGCUGAACUCAAGCUGCGACUCGCCCAAACUGAAGAACGGCUGGACAUGGAGAAGAGAAGAUCCAAGCAGGCACUUGAAGACGUGGACAGUUUGCGACAGAAAGAGGUGGAUCACCUGACAAGGCACAAGGAAGAAAGUGAAAGAGCUCUUCAAGAACGCAUCCUCAAACUGGAGGGACAGCGGAUCCAAUUAGAAGAAGAUCUCAGCAGGGCGAAAGCGUCUCUAGUGACCGAGAGAGCUCAAGCCGAGGAGGAGCUUGGGAAAGUGCGAAAUCAAGUGCGACUGGAGGAGCAGCAGCACCUGAUCAGCCUGGAGGAGAAGCUGCGAGCGGUUCGUCAGUCUCGGGACGAGUCGCAGAACCACUGCACCCAGCAGAAACAAACGGUCUCUGAGCUGCACGCCAGGGUGGGCCAGCAGAACAUCGAGAUGGACUCGCUCCGCCGCAGGAUAGAGGAGCUACAGCAGGACCUUGCAGGUAAAGAGCAGGAGAAAGUGUCGGAAGUGACGCGAGUGCGCGUGGAGCUUCAGGAGCAGAUCGGUCACCUGCAGGCUGAGAGAACCACACAGAGCGGCCUGAAGGAGAAGAUCGCUGCUCUGGAGAGAGAGAUGAAGGUUCUCAGCACCGCCCACAGAGAGGCCCUUCUGGACAAAGAGAGCGAGAUCUCCUCUCUGCUGGAGCGGCUGCGCAUUCGAGAAGGAGAGAUCCAGCGCAUUCGUGAGGACGAGGCGCAGAGAGCCAGCUUCCUCCAGAACGCCAUUCUCACUUACGUCCAGGGCUCGCCUCUCGCACACUACAGCCCCAAAAAGUGAACUCGCAUGACAAGACCUCUGUGAUUUUCCCACAGUUCUGUGUGCAGUCUUUCCGUCAGUUCCACCUGAGUGCUUUUCAACUGUGCAGGAUAAAUCGACUGCAUACUGCAAGUGUUCACGAUGCUUUUACAUACUUGAGUGGCACGUUUUCAUGAUUUGGAACAAAAAUAGUAUGAAAAUGUCUUACAAAACUAAAUAUCAGUAUGCGUUCUUGUCCCCUUAAAUGGGGGGAGGGGGGGUAUUCAAUUAGUAAAUUAUCAGGGAACUCGUUUUCUCAAUUUUUCUAUUCAGAAAAUUUCAACAGUUUUUAUAAAUAUUUACUUUUAGAACUCUUUCAAAUAUUUUAAAAAUCCCCAAUGUGCCAUAUUGUCCAUCAAAGCUCUUAUGCUAUGGCACUUACAAAUUGUAUAUUUUAAAAUGUUUUCUACUUUUGAAGUUCUUUCGCUUUUGUAAUGUCUGCUGGUUAUUAAAUAAAAUGUGUGCUUUUGAUGAAGCUGUUUGAA